CACCAAGCCCUCUUCUACUCGUUUUUCAUAGGAUCUCGCAGAAGACUCUCUCUCUCUCUCUCUCUCUCUCAAAGAAAUGGUGCCAAGCAUACUUCUGUGCUCAUUUUGUCCCAGCAGGAAGAAGAAGAAGAGUGGUCGAGAGAGCCUGGAUACUGAGCCCAAGGACCUUGAGUACUGGUACUCCGUUCAGUUCAACAGAGAUCCUCCCAGAUUUGCUUUGCGAUCCGAGACUCGUGAUCACCCCCGCAGCACGAGCGGAGACUUCUGGAAGGCGAAGAAGCGAGGAGAAAUGGCGAACAAGGUCUCCAACUUCACGGAUCUGAUUCAGCGAGUGACUGCGUCCUGCUUGUUGCACCCGCUCGCCUCCGGCCGGCAAGAACUCGCCGGAAACCGCCGGGGUGGGUACGACUCCGAGGAUGAGGAGGAGGAGGAGGAGGAGGGGAAGAUUCGGUACGAGGACGCGUUGGUGGAGGAGGAAGAGGAGACAUUUAGGGCUAAGAGCAACGGUGGCGGCGCGGCGGCGACGGUGAGCCUGGUGAUGGUGAAGCAGAUGGACACGGUGAUGGAGGAAGUCUUCGUGGCGGCGGCGGCGUUGAAGAGGGCUUACGUGGCGCUGCAGGAGGCGCACUCGCCGUGGAACCCGGAGAAGAUGCACGGUGCUGACGUGGCGGUGGUGGCGGAGCUGAGGCGGAUCGGCGGCCUGAGGGAGAGGUACAGGAGGAUGAGAGCCACCGGCGGCAGCCGGAAGAAAAACGGCUGGGGAGGGAUGCUGAGGGAGGCGGUGGCGCCGUACGAGGCCGUCGUGGAGGAGCUGAAGAGAGAAGUAAAGGUCAAGGAUGCAGAGAUAGAGAAUCUGAAGGAGAAGCUCAAGCUCGUCACCAGCCUCGGCAAUGGAAGCAAGAAAAACCGCUCGGUUUCAAACCGGAGAGUCAGCUGCAGCACACAAGUUGCUGUUGCUCCAGUGCCGGAGUUGCUAGAAAUGACGAUGACUCAGGUGAAAGAAGCUUCAAAAUCAUUCACAAGGCUUCUACUGUCCCUAAUGAGAGCCGCACAUUGGGACAUUGCGGCUGGUGUCCGCUCUAUUGAGGCUGCCUCCGUCGCUGCAGACAGCAAUGGCAUGGCAACGGCCAUGGCAGCUGUACCCUCCUCUCUCCAGUCAUCCGUUCCAACCCAACACGCCAAAUAUGCAUUGGAGUCCUACAUCUGUCGGAAAAUCUUCCAAGGGUUUGAUCACGAGACAUUCUACAUGGAUGGAAGUCUCUCUUCUCUUCUAAACCCAGACCAGUACCGCCGGGACUGCUUUGCUCAGUUUAAAGACAUGAAAGCCAUGGACCCUAUCGAGCUGCUCGGGAUCUUACCCACUUGCCAUUUUGGAAAGUUCUGCUCAAAGAAGUACCUCGCAAUCGUUCACCCGAAGAUGGAAGAAUCCUUAUUCGGGGAUUCAGAGCAGCGAAGGAUGGUUCAAGCCGGGAACCACCCGAGGACUCAGUUCUACGGGGAGUUUCUGACAUUAGCGAAAGCGGUUUGGCUGCUACACUUGUUGGUAUUCUCGCUAGAGCCAGUGCCGAGUCACUUUGAGGCAAGCAGGGGAGCGGAGUUCCAUCCAGAGUACAUGGAGAGCGUGGUCAGAUUCUCAGGAGGUCGAGUCCCUGGAGGACAGGUAGUAGGGUUCCCUGUAAGUCCAGGCUUCAAGCUCGGCAGCCAUGGCGGAGGAUCUGUCAUCAAAGCUAGGGUUUACUUGGUUCCAAAGGCUUAAAAAAAGGCAUUAUGUGUUGGCAUCUGAUGUUUCUCUCUAUGUACUGCCGUUGAUCUAAUAAGGCAAGACAGAAAGUGAACUGUGGACUGUAAUAAUUAAAAGCUGUUUUAGUUUCAAAAAGAAUGGUUCUUUUC